AAAUUCCUGAUCCGCCCAUCUCUCUCCUCCCAGGCUGUUGCUCCUGGCUCGGCUCUGCACUGACUUCCUGCCAGGCCCUGGGAAGCUGUGAGCAGGGGGUCUCCCCAGGGAUCUUUCUCUUAGAGAUUUGGCUGCUCGCCUCCCCCUCGUCCGGUCCCUGCCAAGGGGAGGGGGAUGGUCGGAGUGGGCGGGGGGAGUGGGCCGGCCGCAGUCCAGCUACUUUCGUAAGCGUGUUUCAAACUGUGCUCAAGAUCAUUCGGGCACAUGGAACAGCCCCUAGUGCCUGGAGUCUCCAAGCUGCUUUCACACUUUGCAGGCUACUGGAGUAGGCUGCAUCUGGACCCCGCAGGGAGCCCGGUCAUCUGGUUGGCGGAAUCACUCUAUAUAUUAUUUCAUUGGAUCUUCACAGCGACCCUUUGAGAAUGGCCCCAAAGCUUCUUCACUAAGUAGCAAUGCCAGGAUGCCCGUCUCAGUCUCCUUACAUCAAGAUGUGACCCAAGAGCGUCCAGUGAGCUUGGCCUCCACCACCUCUUCUUCAGGCUCAUCCCAGGACAGUCAGGCCAUGGAAGAGCCCAAUGGAACUGGACCUGUGGCUGAGGGCGAGUCUGGCUCCCCCCAUGCUAGCCAUGUCCCUAGUAGCCAUAACAACUCCAGCAGCUGGCUGAAUCUGAGAGGGUCCCUAAAAGGCUCACCGUUUAGCUCUCGGUCUACACCUGGGCCGGGACAUCACAAGCUGAGUUACCUGGGCCGAGUGGUGCGGGAGAUUGUAGAGACGGAGCGCAUGUACGUACAGGACCUCCGAAGCAUUGUUGAGGAUUACCUUCUGAAGAUCAUCGAUACACCAGGGCUGCUGAAACCAGAACAAGUCAGCGCACUGUUUGGGAACAUAGAAAACAUCUAUGCACUAAACAGUCAGCUAUUGAAAGACCUGGACAGCUGUAAUAAUGAUCCAGUGGCUGUGGCUAAUUGCUUUGUAGAAAGGAGCCAAGAAUUUGACAUUUAUACCCAGUACUGCAACAAUUAUCCAAAUUCAGUGGCAGCCCUAACUGAAUGCAUGAGAGACAAACACCAGGCCAAGUUCUUCCGGGACCGCCAAGAGGUCUUGCAACACUCUCUGCCCCUGGGCUCUUUUUUGCUGAAGCCAGUCCAAAGAAUUCUCAAGUACCACCUUCUUCUCCAGGAAAUCGCCAAGCAUUUCGAUGAGGAGGAGGAUGGCUUUGAGAUGGUUGAGGAUGCAAUCGACACCAUGACUUGUGUGGCCUGGUACAUCAAUGACAUGAAGAGGAAGCAUGAGCAUGCUGUCCGACUCCAGGAAAUCCAGUCACUCCUGAUCAAUUGGAAAGGGCCAGAUCUGACGACCUACGGAGAGCUGGUCUUGGAAGGCACUUUCCGUGUGCAUCGCGUGCGGAACGAGAGGACUUUCUUUCUCUUUGACAAGGCGUUGUUCAUCACUAAAAAGCGAGGAGACCACUUCGUCUACAAAGGGCACAUCCCGUGCUCCUCCUUGAUGCUGAUUGAGAGCACCAGAGACUCCCUGUGUUUCACAGUCACUCACUACAAACACAGCAAGCAGCAGUAUAGCAUCCAGGCCAAAUCAGUAGAAGAGAAGCGUGCAUGGACCCAUCACAUCAAGAGGCUUAUCCUAGAGAAUCACCAUGCCACUAUUCCUCAAAAGGCUAAGGAAGCCAUCUUGGAAAUGGACUCCUAUUACCCCCACCGAUACCGCUACAGUCCAGAAAGGCUGAAAAAGGCUUGGUCUUCCCAAGAUGACAUGCCCACUCAAGUGCGUCAGUAUCGGCGACAAUCUGAGCCUGGUCACCCCCAGUGCAAUCAGGAGAUACUCCCCAACGGGCUGCACAGCUCCAUGAUGCUGGGCCUUCAGGGCCGCAGAAAGUCGGAGCCAACCAAGCAGCUUCUCAGGCAGCUUAAUGAGAAAGCGUCAAGGACAUCGGGUCUCAAGGUAAGACCAACGAGCGGCCUGGAGAUGGGAUACAGGAUGGAACAGGGAAUUGGCAUUCAGCAUGCAGGUAGCGCUGGAGCCCUCCUGGAUUUUGGACAGCUGCCCCUUACAGGGGAGCAGCAGUCUGAAGCUGAAGGGGCUGCUCAGGAGGAAGAGGAGGAGGAGGAGGAGGAGGAAGUGGUGGAGGAAGAGCAGGCCCUUCAGAAGGCCUCUCCGGAGGACCUGACUGUGAGCGAUGGCAGCAAGAAGGGGGCCAGGGCUGAGCCACAAGGUUCAGAGGAAGAGGAGGAGGAGGAGGAGGAGAGUCUGGUGGUAGCUGAGCAGGUAGCCGACUUUGCCAGCUCCCUGCUGGCUGCCCUCCACUGCUGGCACUAUCGAGCCAACGCUUUACUUUUCUCCCGGGGCGCUAUGGUUAAAGGGCAUGACGAAUACGAAGUAGCCAAAGGCUAUAAAAGGCCCAGUGGCCAGUCUCUAACGAGUCCUGAGAAGCGCAUGAGCUUUGAGUCUGUCUCCUCCCUGCCAGAGGCUGAACCAGAUACGGAAUCUGAAGCCAGGCAAGGGCUGUUCCCAGCCACAGAGGGUGAUAGUGGAGAGGUGAUGCAGUCAGACAUAGAAUCAUCAUGCAUCCUGGAACAGCAUCACCAGGAGGUGCUAGGGUCUGACCAUCCAGUCAAAAUGGUUGACCGUGCAGUUGCUGAGAACACAGAGGACCUUAAAAACCUCAGCAGUGAGGAAGAGGAGGAAGGAACAGUGCCGGAGCCAGAGAGCAUUCUGCCAACGUCUGUGCUGGACCAGGCUAGCAUCAUUGCUGAAAGGUUUGUCAGCACCUUCUCCCGGCGCAACAGUCUGGCUCUGGAGGACGGCAAGGCCAGUGGCUUUUUGACUCCCCGGCUGGUCAGUCGGAGUAGCAGUGUCCGGAGCCUCGAUGGCAUCGAGAAGGGGCCAGCCAACCACUGUGGCACCACAGACUCACUCAGCUCCUUGCUGCCCCUAGAAGCAGAAUCUGAUGGUGGGCUGGCCUCAGAGAACAGCUCUACCUUCAGUAGAGCUGUGCCUCCAAGCCCCAGCUGCUCAGGAGAACCUGAAAGGUUGUCUAGCAAGAAGGAGGACACGCUUUCCACCCGAGACCGACUGCUACUUGACAAGAUCAAGAAUUACUACGAGAAUGCGGAACACCAUGAUGCAGGCUUUAGCAUCCGGCGCCGAGAGAGUCUUUCCUACAUUCCUAAGGGCUUGGUAAGGAACUCUGUGUUCAGGUUCAAUAGCCUUCCUAGGCCAGAGCCUAAACCAGCGGCCCCUGUUGGGCGCAAAAGACUAGACAGUUCCAGACCUGCUUCUUGGACUCUCUUUGAUCUCCCUGGACCAGGCCAAGCUGGUUCUAGGGACCCUCCCCCCAUCACUGAUGCCGAAUUCCGCCCGUCAUCAGAAAUGGUGAAGAUGUGGGAAGGAAUGGAGUCCUCUGGAGAUAUCUGCAAGAACCCAGCAGAGGGGAACGAGAUGGAAUCAGGCCUGAGCAAGGAGAAUGGCUUUGACCUGCGCGAGCCACUGUUCAUCCUGGAGGAGCAUGAGCUGGGAGCGAUCAGCGAGGAGCCAGUCGGUCCCUGCCUAGAGGGCAUCACCCUCCCUGAUCGAGCUGGCCGUGCCCAGCUGGCCAGGGAGCUAAAGGAGCUGGUAAAGGAGCUGAGUGGCAGAGAUGAAGAGCUACCCUCUCCACUGCACCCUCACAUCAUGCAGCUCUCCCACAUGAUGGACAGGGACUUGACUGAGCGUGUCAAGAACAAGGUCUACCAGCUGGCCCGUCAGUACAGUCUCAGGAUCAAGAGCCAUAAGCCCACGAUGCCUCAGCGAAGAAAGGUAGAUCCAGAGCAAGGGAAGAGUCUGGCCUUGCCCCAUCUGCAGGAGGAGAUGCGAGAGCUACCUUACAAAGGUAAAAUGAAGCCAUUACUGUCCCUCUCAAAUAAUGAACAAGUAAUGGUCUUGGAGCAUGGCCCCUUCAAGUCCACCUCAGCAAGGGAGAAAUCACCUCGACGCUUCUACAGUUCUUCUUCCUCAAAGGCCGGCUCUCCUGGAGGCUGGGCAUCUAACCGCAGUCCCCUCAGUCCUGUUGACGUAGAAACUUUCCACUGGCCAGAUGUCCGUGAGCUCUGUUCAAAGUAUUCUUCCCAUGAGGAGGCUACCCAGGCUGGACGAGGCCGGCGUCAAGGCCCUCCCAUCAACCGGAGCCUCUCGGUACCAGAGAACAUCAUGGAGCCAGCCCCAGUGGGGAAGAUGAGUCGCUGUUGCAGCCUGAACACCCACAAGAGUAGAAGAACCCAAGAAAUAAGCCAGCCUCAGCCUCAUAAGGAUCUGUUUUUACUUGGCUCCUCCCAAAUACCAGGGCAGGAAGUAGAUGAAGCUUUGUACCUCACAGCAGACUUGACCCUGGAGAAUAACCGGAGAGUCAUCAUCUUAGAGAAGGGGCCACCACCACUGAUAGGUGAGGGAGAGCAAGACAGCCAUGUGCAAAUCCAGUUACCCACCUCCCCGGAAAAGAUCUCCUUGAAGGCAGUGGUAGAACGAUGCAAGGCUUACCAAGAAUCAGAGGAGCUCCGCUGGCAAGAAGAGGGGGGCCGGGGCCCUCAGCAAAUAUGGCAAGCGGAUGCAGCUGAUAUGGCCCAACAGGGUCGAGUGAGAAACCUGAGGGAAAAAUUCCAGACCUUGAACUCAAAUGGUUGAAUUAGGCUUCUUAGGAGAGAGAAGGGAAAGUGCUGCUGAGAUGGGGGAAGAGCUAUACCUGUGUGUGAUGGACCUUCUCAGACUUCCCUACCUGCAUCCCAGCUCCUCCCAAGCCUCGACUUUCCCAGUGUGCCUGCCUCUCUUCUGACACCAGAUUAUGUGGAGUAAACCUUUGGCUGUUCUGCACCCUCUGUCUCUCUUCUCCAUUCUAAGUAGGCACUGGUGCUGAUGGUAUGUUUAGCACAUACUGUGGCCUGCUGCCUUGUGCUGCUGGCUGAAAAGCUCCCUGGGGGUUGAGACCAUUGUUAUGCCAAUAGGACUCCUUGUUGUUACAGUCCGAAGCCUGUGUAAACUAUUUCCCUUUUAUGUUUUUUUUUUCUUCUGGUAUAAGACCAAAUAUUUAAGUUCACUUCUCUCCAGGGAGAGGUGCCCACAGGCCAUGGUCUGCAUCUUGCCAGCCACUGCCAGGCUGAAGAGUAUACCCGGAAGAAAAAUGUGAGAAGGUGGCUCGGGAGGAUUUCCUUUAUUAAAUGCUCCUGUUCCAAUGAUUCAGGGAGAAAAGAGAAGUCUGGGACUUGAACAAUAAUUUAUUACUUUCCAUCCUGUGGGGUGUGUAUUUGUGUAUGUUUGUGUAUGUGUGUGUGUGGUUUUUUUGUUUAUUUCCUUCUUCCCCUUUCCUAUUUUUAAGAAUGUAAUUGACUCAGUCCAGGUACUUUUGAGGGUUGCUUUGCUGACCCAAUGGUUGUUUCUAAUGUACACACAUUUUAUCCCUUGCCAAUGGUGCAAUAACCCCUGCUGACCAGCCAA